AUGGCUUCCAUUCAACGCUUGAUGAUCAGCUUUAUGCUGGUCUUGUCGUUUGCUUUUGUCUUCUUCGCCCAGGGCACUGAGGCGAACAAGGGACCCAAGAUCACGCACAAGACGUGCGUUCAAGAUCUUCUUCGAUAUGAAGAACGGAGACAAGGACAUGGGCCGUAUUGUCAUUGGUCUAUAUGGCAAGACUGUACCGAAGACUGCUGA